AUGGCCGCUCCUUGGCCCUUUGUUGCAUGGGGAAUGGAUGUUAUCGGACAAAUUGAUUCAAAAGCUUCUAAUGGACAUCAAUUCAUUUUGGUCGCAAUUUAUUACUUUACCAAAUGGAUGGAGGCAAUCACUUUCAAGGCAGUCACUAAGAAGGCAGUCGUAGAUUUUGUCCAUUCAAAUAUCAUUUGUGAUUUUGGUAUCCCAAGAAUUGUCAUCACAGAUAAUGCUGCAAACUUUAAUAACAAUUUGAUGAAGGAGGUAUGUGAGCAGUUCAAAAUUCUACAUCACAAUUCUACUCCAUACCGACCAAAAACAAACGGAGUUGUGGAGGCUGCCAACAAGAAUAUCAAAAAGAUUCUCAGGAGGAUGGUUCAAGGCACCAGACAAUGGCAUGAGAAGUUGCCUUUUGCACUUUUAGGAUAUCGCACAACAGUGCGCACCUCGAUUGGUGCAACUCUUUAUUUGCUGGUGUAUGGGACUAAGGUUGUGAUACCAACAGAAGUCGAAAUUCCAUUUCUUCAAAUUAUUGUCGAGGCUGAAAUUGAAGAUACUGAAUGGGUCAAAACUCGACUAGAGCAACUCACAUUAAUAGAUAGAAACGAUUGA